CCUCAUGGAUGUAGAUACUUCCGCGGAAAAACUUUUUCUUCAGUUCCAGGGUGCACUCAGUUACAUGUUAGAGACUCAAAUAGUACGAAACAUCAGCGAAGACGUCAGUUUUAAUCUUUACACCCGAAAAAAUCCACAAGUAGCUCAGAUUCUCCCACCGACUUAUCCCUCUCUACUACCGCUAUCCUACUUCAAUCCAAAAUUGAAAUGCUAUUUUGUGAUUCACGGAUACACCGACCACAAACAUCGUGAAAUUAUCGCCCGCUUACGCCAAGUACUCAAUAACGCUGAGGACUCUAACGUUAUCGUCGUUGACUGGGGUCGGUUAGCCGCUUUCAUGUAUCUCCAAGCGGUUGAUAACACGGUUCCCGUGGGAACCUACGUAGGACAGUUCUUAUCGUUGCUAGAACAAAAUAACUAUAUAGAUUUACGGAACAUCCACAUGAUAGGCCACAGCUUAGGUGCUCAUAUUUCAGGGAUAGCCGGCGCGUAUGUCGGAGGCAGGGUGGGCAGGAUCACCGGUCUAGAUCCCGCAGGACCCCUCUUCGAAUUACUCGAAGAAAGAGAUGAAUCCGUGUCUUUAGACAAAAGUGACGCUCUUUUCGUCGACGUGAUUCACACCGACGCCGAAGAAUUCGGUAUAACCAAACCGAUAGGUCAUGCUGAUUUUUAUCCGAAUGAGGGAACGUCGCCCCAACCGGGCUGUAACAACAUACUGACUUCUGUGUCUUGCAGCCACAUCAGGUCCGUCUUAUUUUACACAGAAUCGGUCAUUAACGAGUAUCCGUUUGAGGCUAGGCGUUGUAACGUGACAGGAAGCGGCGACCCGUGUCUACAAGAGAAACCGGUUCAUAUGGGACAUCACCUGUCACCAGAGUAGGUCCCGAGGGAUAUAUUUUUUGGAAACGAAUGCAGAGCCCCCUUUCGCCAAACGUCAGACGACUCAAAAGUGUCAGGACUGACGAUUUUAGGAUUUCGACUGGGUGAAUUAAGUUCAUGUAAAUUUGUAACGUGGCUCAUAAAUAAAUGCGUGUGAAGUU